AUGGCGAAUCUUCGACUAGGUGCCGCUUUUGGCGCAGUCACCGUGACCCUGCUAGUGUUUAUGCAGUUGGUUGCCGUGAUGCGCCACACGGAUCAAGUACCAUCGUCAAGCUUUAACAGAAAUCUGAAUCAGUGGAGGAACCGAGCCGGUGCUGCGACUGAUGAUGGUCUAUUUCUGGUGGGUGCCGGUAAGGCAGAUGUGACUGGUCCGGUCGUCGAAGUCGACUUUAAUGGCUACGCCAGUCUAGAUCAGUUGGGUACGGGUCUGCGGCAGAGAAUCUACUCGCGCGCCUUCAUCUUCGCAGACCCCAACAACCCCGACGAUACGUUCAUUUACCUGGUACUCGACACGCUCGCCGGUGAUACCGCCGUGAGACAUGGAGUCCUGCAGGGACUCGCUGCGCUGGGUGGGGACUAUGCACGCUAUGGCGAGCACAACGUUGCGUUGACGGGAACGCACUCUCACUCUGGCCCCGGCGCGUGGAUGAAUUACUUGCUCCCACAGAUCCCGACCAAGGGAUUUGACAAGCAGAGCUAUCAAGCGAUCGUGGACGGCACUAUCUUGUCCAUCAAGCGUGCGCAUGAGAGUCUGACUCCGGGACGGCUUUCCUUCGGAUCCAUUGAUCUAGAAGAUGCCAACAUCAACCGCAGCCCUUACUCCUAUGAUCAUAACCCGGAGGAAGAAAAGGCCAAAUACUCGGCCAAAGUGGAUAAGACGCUGACACUUUUGCGCUUCGAUCGUGAGUCGGAUAACAAGACUACGGCUGUAUUGACCUGGUUCCCGGUUCAUGGCACGUCGAUGUACAACAACAACACCAUUGUCACCGGUGACAACAAGGGAGUCGCGGCGUAUCUCUUUGAACGUAGCGUGGAAAAUGACUCGCAGUUUGCCGACGGCGCUGUGAUCGGGUUCUCCCAAUCUAACGUCGGCGACACGAGCCCGAACGUCGAGGGCGCGUGGUGCGAGGACGGGUCGAACGUAAUGUGCACUUAUGCAGAUAGUACCUGCGGCGGUUCUUCCGGAUCAUCUGGCACGAACGAGGCCUGCCAUGGUCGAGGUCCUUUCUUCCGUGAAAAAGAUAACGGUGCGAAGAGCUGCUUCGAAAUUGGCAAACGCCAGUAUACAGCAGCGAAGACCCUCUAUGGACAGCUCAGUUCUGGAAGCACCGGCACUGCCCUCGCUGGUAGUUCCGAUGUGCGCUCCUUCCAUGUCUAUCAGGACAUGAACGGCUACACCUUUCCCUCCCCCUUCAAUGGCACUACUUUGAAGACGUGUCCCGCCGCGCUAGGAUAUUCUUUCGCUGCGGGGACGACGGAUGGGCCAGGUGCAUUUGACUUUACCCAGAAUGCGACCGGUCCUGCUACGGAGAAUCCGCUGUGGAAGGUGGCUCGAGCAUUUAUCCACCAGCCUACGGAGGAGCAACAAGAGUGCCAGGGAGCUAAAGAUAUUCUCCUCGAUGUGGGAACCCUGACUGAGCCCUAUGCGUGGGCAGCCGACAUUGUGGAUAUUCAAGUUCUACGAGUCGGUCAGCUCUUCAUCAUCGUGUCUACCAGUGAAGCUACAACGAUGUCUGGCCGUCGCUGGAAGGCGGCCAUUGCGCAAGCCGCUCAAGACACACUCUGUGUGUCAAGUCCACAGGUCGUGCUCGGCGCUCCAUCAAACAGCUAUGCGCACUAUGUCGCGACCGAGGAGGAAUACAACGUCCAGCGCUACGAGGGUGCCUCCACUCUCUAUGGUCCUAGCACCCUCGCCGCCUACAUCAAUCUCACCCUCACAUACCUCCCCUAUCUCGGCAGCGCCUCUGAUAUCGCCAAGCUACCCACGAUUCCAACAGGUCCCAGCCCACCUAUCAACACGAACAACUCGCUCAGCUUCAUCACUGGCGUAGUCUACGACAAUCCUCCGAUCGGCAAGUCUUAUGGCGACGUCGUGUCUAACCCAGCAGAACAGACCUAUGGACCUGGGGACCUCGUCAAUACGACUUUUGUCGGCGCCAACCCGCGCAACAAUCUCCACCAGGAGUCCACCUAUGCUGCUGUAGAGCGACAGACGGACUCUGGGGCCUGGGAGGUUGUUCGAAACGACCGUGACUGGAACUUGCUGUUUACAUGGACACGUACAAAUACUGUGCUUGGGUAUAGCGAGGUAACUCUACAGUGGCAGAUUGAGGACGACUACUACAGUGUGGAUGAUCCGAAUCCCGUGCAGAGUGGCACGUACCGGAUGCAUUACUACGGGGACUCGAAGAGUGUGCUCGGACAGAUUUCAUCGUUUGAGGGGAUUGGAGGAACCUUUACCGUGAAGGCGUAG